AAUAUGACCUCACUUAUUACCUGUGACAUGGAUCGCCCUCGUGUAGAAACUCCAGACUCUCAGUGUGUUCUUAUCAGAGUAGGAAUAGCGUUAAGAAUCACAAUACACGACAAAUCGAAGCAACCAUGCCUCCCAACAGGAAUCAGGGCGGCAGAGCAGGACGCAAUGCCAACAGGAACACUGCCAGCCCUCGUCAAGAGAGCCGUUCAUCCCAGCAGCCCUACCCUGACGCUACAGCUCGUGCUCAAGAGCGCGCAGCCACCCAGGCUCGGGAGCGUCAACAACGCGCAGAUGCCCGAAAUACCCGGAAUCAAUCCAAUCAGCAAGCCAUGGGCCCCCUUCCGUUCCGACCUGCUCCUGCCCCUGGUGCUACCACCGCUGCUCCUGCUAUCGCCCGACCAACUGGCCCGACUUUGGCAUCACAGCAACUGCUGAUGCAACAACAGGUGCUUAAUCAGGGCCAACAGCAGAACAAUGAUCAGUCUAGACAGGUGAACCCCCAAGUUCAGGGCCAGCCUCCAGUUGUUGUGCAGCAGCCAGGUCCCUCUACAGCCAGGGAGCGCGAUGAGAGGAGGUUGGAAGCAUUGCAUAGGGCUCAAGCGGCAAAAAAGCGUGACCACGACUUCCGCCUCCAACUUCACUGCGACAGGGCGGAUUUCUACAGAAGGGGCAAGUUCCAUGAAUGGAAGGUCGAUGAGCGGAAGCCAAUAUUCACUGCGCGGCCUCCCGGUACUAUGCCUGCGACCGAAAGGCUUCUAACUCUGGAGACCAUGCAAAAUCGCCGAAACCUGACCAUCCCUGACAUCUUGAGAAAGAAUAGUAAAAAGUACGAAGCGUACUGGCGUCGUGGCGAGUACCUAGCUCACCAAUAUGGUAACCGCCUCCCAGAAAAGCCCACGACUGAAAAGGCCAGAGCAGCGAUCAACAGUGGAGCCAAGGAUCUCGCGGCUGCCGGGGCGAAGUUCAUUCGUAUCCUGGGACAGGGUGGCUAUGGGAUUGCAGCUCUUUUUGAGUUGAAAAAUGAAACAACGGGUGCUGCCGAACGCAUUGUCGUCAAGUUUAACUCUCACGAAGGAGGGCCUACAGAUUCCCGGGAAAGAAAUUUUCUGAAGAUCUUGAAGCGCUCUCGCCACAUUGUUCAAAUCACAAGUCUCAAGGAAGUCCACGAGUCGCUCGGUAACAACAACCUCGACGCGGCAACUCUGGAGGCGAUCAAAGAACGCGAUUCGAGCGAGAACAUGAUAAUCCUCAAGCAUUGCGACAGGGGAAACCUGAAUCAUUUCAUCAGCUUGUCGAGCUUCACGCGAGCAAAACUGUCGGAUAGAGUGCUUUGGAACUUUGUGGAGUGCUUGGGUAGAGGCUGCAUUGCCAUGCGAGCACCGGUCAGGGUUGCUUCUCACGAAAGUGAGAUGCUGCCUGAGGAGGGCCCUAUAAUCACGGAGUCGACCGCACCGGCCCUCCGCGGGCUGAACUUGAUUCACCUCGAUCUGGACCCUACGAACAUCUUCAUGACUGAGGAUCCGGAAGCUCACCCUGAAAUGCCUCAGUUGGUGAUUGCCGAUUUUGGGUUAUCAGCCUGCGUGUCUUCGCAGAACCGCUUCCUUGAUUCACGAUCGGUAAUGAUAACCUCGCGAGGUUGUAAGAAAGGCUACUGGGCACCUGAACAAUUCACCGAUCAAUGGAAUAGUGUUAGGUCGCUUCCGUUUACACAGUUCUACCCAAAAGAUGGUUCGGGAUAUGAACAUCUUAGGCCUGAGCCCGGUUGUGUGGCGGGUGCCAUUGGCCAUUGGACAAACGUCUGGAUGUGCGGCAUGGUUCUAUGGUCGUGCCUUACGCGACUGCAACCCCUUCUUCCUCUGGUCCCUUCUACCUCUUCUAUCGGGAUGGUGCCUCCCCAGGUGUGGUGGCAUUACGGCUAUCCCUUACUCCACCCUACCGACGACGAUUAUGAAGGUAUUGACCCCGACCUGAAGUUGCUGAUAUGUCAAAUGCUUUCCCACGAGCCUAGCAAUCGACCUAGUCCUGAGGCAAUAGUCGAGACGGCCGUGAAGAAGCUCGGGGGCUAUAGCGAUGACCAGCGUAGGAGGAUCCGGGCCGAGUUCGACACAUGGUAUCGAAACGUACAGCCGGAACCCGUGGACCCAAUAUAUAGGAAUCUCCAAGAACCCUUCCCGAUCCCUGUGGCACCUCCGCCGGUGCCUUUGUUCACCGGGGCUCAGCCGAAUCCGGCCGCGGCAGCACAGGCACCACCGGCACCACCGGCACCACAAGAACCACCAGCCAACCCGUAGGCUGAGGCAGCAUGCCUUUAAUCAUGAUGUGGUGGAACUUUCGCUAGUCGUCUUACAGGGGACCAGUCCUCUGUUUUGUGCAAAGAGCACUGCUUGAUCUGACUUCUGGAGGGACUUUCUUGUUCUAUUUCCGUUGCUAUAUUCAUUUUUGCUUGGGGAGUUGCUGAUUGAUCUGUUUUGUUAUUUGGCUUAAUCUCAUUCCUCUCUUUCAUUUGUCUUGCUUUCUUGCUUGCCCUUUUUUCCAUUUUGGUUUGAGUACAGGUUUCCUCCUUUUUAAUGAUAUCAAUAUAAAUGUUUUUAUGCAACUACAAUAAAUUUACUUAGUCUCGGGCAUUCGAGUGUCGGG